CUAGUUCAGUCCUUUGGCUAAUAGGAAAGGCCACGCAGAAGCUAUGGACCUGCUCUCUGUGCUUGAUAAAAGUGCAUAGAUAGAAGCCAGGGCUUCCCGGCUAGGAGGAGGGAGGAGAGCUGAAGAUCCCUGCCUGGGCUGGCUGAUCUAAGCAGUCAAAGUGGGCAGCUGAGUGCUUGAAAGAGGAUUAUGCUCGCACUAGAAAUAAGCAGUAAGUGAGUGAAUAUAUGGCUUAGAAAAGGAUUAAUCCCCCUGGGGUUAUGGGGUAAACUAGAAAAUAUUGCUUAAUUCUAGAGUAAAACUGUAAGACUUCCUUCUCUUUGUACUGUGUGUGCCGUUUGGAGAGUUGGGACUUAAAUACAAAAUCAGAACUGUAAUGCCUCCUCCCACUCUUAGGAAGGGCCAACUUUUACUUGGAAAAGUUGGGGAUGUAAGCUCCUUCUCUGACCAGCCUCUUCCUAGGAAAAUUUACUACUAAAUCAGACAAGGAGGUGGUAUUAAAUUGGAGAGGUGGAAUUUGAUAUUGGCAGAAAUUGCAAUUUUGAAUUAUGUCCUGUGAGUGCUGAAGUUAUUAUAUCUAUUAGCAGCAAUUGUCAAGAAAGUCUGGGGCAGGGGGCUAAAAAGAGAAAAUCGAGAGCUUUUAUGAUAAGGAGGCUGAGCAGUCCAUAUGCAAAGUAUUAAAUACAAAAAUUAUAUAAUAAAUAAUAAGUGAGCUUUAAAAGAACUUUAAAUGAAAGCAGUCAGAGAGCAUAAAAAAUACAAAGAUUAAAAAUUAGGAAAAGAAAUUCUCAUUUCAAUGGUUUUUUUGUGCUAGCCAAAAAUUUCACAAUGUUUACAAAGUCAAGACAGUGAUUCAGGAAUACAUCAAUUAUUGUUGUACAUUAUUAAUACUGUUGCUGGGCAAGAUCUGUGGUUCUCUGGUCAGCAAGUUCUGGCAAUGAAGCCACUGCCGCUGGUGCAAAGAAUUCUGGGAUGUCUGACAGUGAAAUGGAUGGAAGGACUCACAUUCCAUCUCUACUUAAUGUCCUUUUGUCCAGAAAUCGAGUCAUGCAAAUGAGCUACUUGAAAAGUAAAGAACAAGGAUAUGGAAAACUAAGCAGUGAUGAAGACCUCGAAAUAAUUGUUGAUCAAAAGCAGGGAAAAGGCUCUAGGGCGGCAGAUAAGGCUGUUGCCAUGGUGAUGAAGGAGAUACCGAGGGAGGAGUCUGCUGAAGAAAAGCCCCUCCUUACUAUGACAUCACAGCUGGUGAAUGAGCAACAAGAAAGCAGACCCCUCCUGAGCCCCUCCAUCGAUGACUUUCUCUGUGAAACCAAAUCGGAGGCAAUUGCAAGGCCAGUAACGUCCAAUACAGCUGUGUUGACCACAGGCUUGGAUCUCCUGGACCUGAGUGAACCAGUGUCUCAAACCCAAACCAAAGCCAAGAAGUCAGAGGCCUCAUCAAAAACUUCAUCCCUCAAGAAAAAGGCUGAUGGAUCUGACCUUAUCAGCGCAGAUGCUGAGCCGAGAGGCCAACCUCUCAGAGGCCCGGAGACUUCAUCCUUAGAUUUAGACAUUCAAACCCAACUGGAAAAAUGGGAUGAUGUUAAGUUUCAUGGAGAGCGAAAUAGCAAGGGGCAUCCAAUGGCAGAGAGAAAAUCAUGUUCAUCUAGAACAGGAUCGAAAGAACUCUUAUGGUCUUCAGAGCACAGAUCUCAACCAGAACUGAGUAGUGGGAAGAGUGCCCUCAACUCUGAGUCGGCUUCAGAGUUGGAGUUAGUGGCUCCAGCACAGGCUAGACUGACCAAAGAACAUCGAUGGGGAAGUGCAUUACUUUCUAGAAAUCACUCCUUAGAAGAGGAAUUCGAAAGGGCAAAAGCAGCAGUGGAGUCAGAUACAGAGUUUUGGGAUAAGAUGCAAGCAGAAUGGGAAGAAAUGGCCCGGAGGAACUGGAUAUCUGAGAACCAAGAAGCCCAGAACCAAGUCACGAUCUCAGCUAGCGAAAAGGGAUAUUACUUUCACACUGAAAACCCCUUCAAGGACUGGCCGGGAGCAUUCGAAGAAGGCUUAAAAAGGCUGAAGGAAGGGGACCUCCCAGUCACCAUUCUGUUCAUGGAGGCAGCGAUUCUUCAGGACCCUGGAGAUGCAGAGGCAUGGCAGUUCCUGGGGAUAACACAGGCAGAGAAUGAAAAUGAACAAGCAGCCAUUGUCGCCCUCCAGAGGUGUUUAGAACUGCAGCCCAACAAUUUGAAAGCUUUGAUGGCUUUGGCUGUGAGUUACACGAACACUGGUCAUCAGCAAGAUGCCUGUGAAUCUCUGAAGAAUUGGAUUAAGCAAAAUCCAAAGUACAAAUACCUUGUGAAGAGUAAGAAGGGCUCUCCAGGCCUCACUCGGCGAAUGUCUAAAUCCCCAGUUGACAGCUCUGUUCUGGAAGGAGUGAAGGAAUUAUAUCUGGAAGCUGCCCACCAAAAUGGAGAUGUGAUCGACCCCGACCUACAGACAGGCCUAGGGGUACUGUUCCAUCUGAGUGGGGAGUUCAACAGAGCAAUAGAUGCAUUUAACGCUGCCUUAACUGUUCGGCCAGAGGACUAUUCAUUAUGGAACCGUCUUGGGGCGACCUUGGCCAAUGGAGACCGCAGUGAGGAAGCCGUGGAGGCCUACACACGAGCCCUGGAGAUUCAGCCAGGCUUUAUCCGGUCCCGAUACAACCUGGGUAUCAGCUGCAUCAACCUGGGCGCCUACAGAGAAGCGGUCAGCAAUUUUCUCACUGCCCUCAGUUUGCAAAGAAAGAGCAGGAAUCAACAGCAAGUUCCUCAUCCUGCCAUCUCUGGGAAUAUCUGGGCUGCCCUCAGAAUCGCACUGUCUCUGAUGGACCAACCCGAGCUCUUCCAGGCAGCCAAUCUGGGCGAUCUGGAUGUCCUCCUAAGAGCUUUCAACUUGGAUCCUUGAAAGAAACAAAAACAAAAACAAAAAAAGAUGAAGAAAAAGAAGCAGAAGAAUCCCUCAUCUGUGUUGUUGUACUGAGAAAUGAAAAACUAUUUUAUUAUGGAUUUCCAAAAGGAUCAAUCAGAUAUUCAAAAGGCCAUGGUCACAUAACCCAAGGGAAUUAAUGCCUACAGACAAUGCCCAGUCUCUGUUCAGAUCCAAAAGCACAAAAUGUUGUAUAUAGAGUCAAGGUCAGGUUCCAAAGAAGAAUUGAGAGACUCAAGACAAACCAAGAUAAAGUAACUUAAUGUACUCUUCGCAAGUUGCAAGUAUAUUGCAAAACCUGUUCAGUGGGGUCCCCAGUUGCAGCUGCCUGUACAUCUGAGGAAGAUGUUCACAGGACCCAUGAAGAAAGCACUGCCUCAGAUCAGGGAAUUCUGACUGUUUCCAAACUGUCCCCUGAAGUCCCCCUUUUGCAAGACUGAACAUAGUUUGGGCCAUUGGUGCAUGCACAUAUAUUAACUCGACUAAAGACAGGCCUUGCUUUAACCUGUUCCAGUUUUAACUUUUACUGUAGCCCUGUUUCCAGAGAGGGAGCUUUGCUGGCAAAAGCAGUUUUUGCACUAGAAAUUUUUGCUGUUCCCAAUCAAAACUUUUCUGGGGUUGUAUAUAUGCACUUUAAUAUCUUAUUUAUGCCUUGCUGGAGUUUUGUUUCGCUGCUCCAAUUUUUAACUUGGGGGAAAAGGAUUUGAGAACUCAGAAUUGUUAGAUCAAUGGACCAAAUAAAUAAUUCCUGAAAAUAGUUUUUCAUAGUGUAGGGUUUCAAAGGAGUGAUUUUCUUAAAGCAGACAUGACAUAGGGUGUAAAUGUGCAAACAUAGAUCUUAUUCACAUGCUUUCUGGGACUGCAUGAACUUAGAGACCAGAUUGUGUCUCUUCAUGCAUUCUCCGCAGGAGGAAAGCUGGAUAAUACCAUGAUUUCUAUUGAGUUUGCAUUAACGUGCUUAAGUGUCAUAUUUUACUGGCUUUCUGACUGCCCUGCACAACAAAAUUCCUUUUAAACUAUUCCUAUUUUAAAUGGUAUUUCUUAAGCGUGAUAAUACAUUUUUCCUAAAAAUGAUGCGUUUCCUUUGUUCCAUAAUGACCUGCACUCUUCACCUUCUUGCAUUAUAAAGGAAAAUCAACAUUUUUUAACUGAACCUCACUGAAUGUCAGUGGUUUAAUAUGAAAAAUGCAUGCCCCUUUGGCUCUUAUCUUAAACAUUUAGCAAGUUUCAGAAACUUUCUAUUGGCAGUAAUGUUUUCUUUAAUUGGUCACCUUCCAUUUAGUUCUUCAGAGUAUUUUGUGUGUGUGUUUGAGGCUUGAUAAUUAUUUUGACAUAUACAUUUUUUAAAUAAUUAGAAAAAAUAUUUGCAAAAUGCUAACCAAAAUAUCAUUUUACCCAGGUCCUGUUCUAGUACGUUGUCCUAUUGUUCUUCACCUUGUAUCCAUCCUUCCUCCUGAAACUCCCCCAAGGUAGUUUGAUCCCAACUUUUUCUUCAUGGGUUUUGUUUGUUUGUUUGUUUGU